AUGACGGUGCGCACAUUUGUAGGUGUAAACGCACCUGUCAUUCUGCUCGCGCUAAUCCUCCACCAUGCGGCGGGCGCCGAAAGCUCGUUGCCCACGGGUGUCCCCGACUUGGGCGUGGACGACACGCUUUUAUUUUUCUUGCGGGACGACAAGAACACUGACGACAUGCCAGACUCGCCCGAGGACAUCGCGGCUGGUUUUUGCAAUUCCAACGCGAUGUAUCUUGGGAACAGUGCUCUUUCGUCAGUGACCAUUCCGAGCUUGCGUAUGUGUGCUAGGGACUCGGUUGGAGGUGAGUCGCUCUGCUACGACGUGAAAUCCGACGAUUGGACAUACACCGGGGGUGGCGUGCCCGGAGCGAUGACUGCCAGCAACUAUCACAAGAUCAUCGCUGCACUAUCCGGGCAAAUUCCAGAUGGAGAGAAUGACAACGGAGUUCAUGGUAAUUUUAUAAAUGAGCAGUUGACUUAUUGGAACGGGCACUGCGAGACUACUUACUGCUGGAUAUGCCAGUCCAUUCGCUCUUGGACUGCAGUGCCUACGGAUGGUUCGAUCAGGCAGUGGUCGGGUGAUUCCGCGCGGUGGCACACAUGGGGCUACGGCUUGUCGCUCUUUCCAGAUGGGAUCCCGGGAGACCCCAGCUUCGAGUUUGGCUUCGGGAACCCUGCGAAGAAUUACCUCUGCAGUGGAGAUACUGUGCCAUUCGAUACUUUCUACAUGACCACUGGCCCCCUCGUCGGCGUCCAGGUUCCACCGACUGCGACUGCUUGUGCGGUGCGCCCCACGCCGAGCCCGACGGUCUUCCAGGCGCUUCCCUUCUUGGGCGUGGGCGACACGCUUCUGUUUUUUUUGCGGGACGACAAGAACACUGACGACAUGCCGGACUCGCCCGAGGACAUCGCGGCUGGUUUUUGCAAUUCCAACGCGAUGUAUCUUGGGAACAGUGCUCUUUCGUCAGUGACCAUUCCGAGCUUGCGUAUGUGUGCCAGGGACUCGGUUGGAGGUGAGUCGCUCUGCUACGACGUGAAAUCCGACGAUUGGACAUACACCGGGGGUGGCGUGCCCGGAACGAUGACUGCCAGCAACUAUCACAAGAUCAUCGCUGCCCUAUCCGGGCAAAUUCCAGAUGGAGAGAAUGACAACGGAGUUCAUGGUAAUUUUAUAAAUGAGCAGUUGACUUAUUGGAACGGGCACUGCGAGACUACUUACUGCUGGACAUGCCAGUCCGUUCGCUCUUGGACUGCGGUGCCUACGGAUGGUUCGAUCAGGCAGUGGUCGGGUGAUUCCGCGCGGUGGCACACUUGGGGCUGGGGCUUGUCACUCUAUCCAGAUGGGAUCCCGGGAGACCCCAGCUUCGAGUUUGGCUUCGGGAACCCUGCGACGAAUUACCUCUGCAGUGGAGAUACUGUGCCAUUCGAUACUUUCUACAUGACCACUGGCCCCCUCGUCGGCGUCCAGGUUCCACCGACUGCGACUGCUUGCGCCGUCCCCCAGGCGACCGCGUCAGCCGACGGCGCGGCCGCCGUCGGCGACCCCCACUUGCGCAACGUUCGCGGCGAUCGGUUCGACCUGAUGCGGGCGGGCCGGCACGUUCUCAUAACCAUCCCUCGUGGAAUGAGCGCGGAAUACGCAUUGCUUCGCGUGCAGGCCGAUGCGCGCCAGUUGGGCGGCCAUUGCGCGGACAUGUAUUUUCGAGAACUGAACGUCACAGGGUCGUGGGCAGAGGCAAAGCAAGCCGGGGGAUACCGCUUCAGCGCGCAACAUUAUCACGUCGAGGCUCCAGGGUGGGUUGUUUUUGGUAAGGUUGAGUUGAAGGUGGUGCAAGGACGCACAUACAGCGGCGGGUCGGCGGAUUUGAAUUUCUACGCGAAGCAUUUACGACGAGCAGGGUUUGCUGUCGGAGGUCUUCUGGGCGAGGACGACCACAGUGAAGUCAGCACGGCCCUGGUUGGGUGCAAAAAGACUUUGACUCUCCAGAAGGUGCCCGUCCAUCAGCACAAUAGCGGUUCCUCACCGGCCUCGGUUGCAGAUGGAACAUUCGCAUGA